CAGCUGUAUCAUUUUUUAAUACACACACACACACACACAUUAUUUAGGUAUUCCUAUUUCUCUAGACCAACCAAUGAGCGUUGAGAAGUCAGGAGUACAUUUCUUAAUUUUUGCUCAAGAACAAAGCUUCAUUCUCAGGUCAAAAAUAAAAAAUGAAGAGAGUCUCUCAGAGAAUUCUGAUUUGGUGUUCGCUGGCUGCUUUCGUGUCUUGUGCUAUAAGUGCAACACCUCUUUCUAAAUCUGACAGAGAAAAGAAACUGAAUAUGGCACUGCAGAAGAGGGAUCUGUACGUGCUUAAAAGGAGAUUAGAAGAUUCAGUAGAACACCUCGCUCAGCAAGAGAACAGGAAUAUGAGGACACCUAUAUCACAGAGCAGUGAUAAGCCAAACAGAAGGGGGAAAAGAGGUUGUAACCUGCUCACCUGCUCAGUACAUGAUCUGGCCUACCGCAUCAGCCAGCUCAGUAACAGGAUGAAUAACGCUCCACUACACAAGAUCAGUCCCUGUGGCUACGGCCGGAGACGGAGACGUUCCCUCCCUCAGCACUCGGCUGUUCAAACCCAUGUGGAGUGCCAUCUGAGACAUGACUCUAGUCAAAAACAGACUUAGCCAUAAGCCCUUUUCUUAAGUUGGCUCAGUUUGCUGAAAAAAUACUACAUUUUAUGGGGUUACUAUAAUAACUGCUGUUACUAUGGGGUUAUAAUAACUGCUAAGGUGAAAGUAACCAGGUAAUUUCUUGUCCAUACUUUAUCAGAGAGACAGGACUUAAGAUAAGAACUCAACACAAAGUGGCACAUAAUUAUGAAGUGGAAGGAAAAUGAUGAAUGGUUUUCAAAAUGUUUUACACAGAAAUAUCUGAAAGACAACAUAGUAAACAACACCGUGUUUACUAUGGGUUUAUGGUAUAAUAGCAUUUAUAAUUUUAGUGAUAGUUCAGUAUGAACAAUAUGAGUAAUUAUUGGUUGCUUCAAUAAAGUACAUCAUGUUUUAUACAGUAUGUUUAGUAAAAUUGUGUUGAAAAUAUGCUUAUCAAAUGUGAUACAGCACAUAUAUAUACCUCAGUCAUCACUGUAUUGAAUUUCAUGAUGUAAUCUGCAUUAUGCCUGCCACAAUGCCCAAUACAAAGUUUUUUAUUAUUUAAUUCAACUAAUUCAAAAAUGAAAAUGUCCCUAGAAAGAGCAUUUUAUUUGAUUCCAUAUUAGAGGAGAUAUUUUACAUCUGUUCACAUUUGGAAGAAUGUUAAGAUUGCUGCAUUACUGCACCAAGUGGACCCUUUGUGUUCAAACAGCCUGGCAUGUGGCAGUGUUGUAGAAAAAGAAUGUCCAUGUCCAUGGAGGCUAAAUCCCUCUACUGUAGCACAAGAAAACACAGAAGGACACACAUGACAAUAAAAAAGAGUGAACAAUUUCAUUUAUUGUUUUAGAUCCUUUCUGUACAUUUGCUCAAACUUUGAUGGCGGUGUGAGCCUACUGCUGUUCCUCAAACUCAUCACUCUGAAGGUGAGAGUGAUACAGCUCUUCUCCCAGCUCCUGCACUGUGGACCGCAGUUUUUUCACCAGGUUCGUCAGCUCUGACUUCUCAUCCUCCAGCUGACUGAUGGACUCCAGAGCCUUCUGGUGAUUUAACUCCACUUCAGCCAGAGACACCUACAAGUUCAACAAAACCAGCUUUGUUUACUACAACACUGAAUCUCAGAUACUUUAAUUGUUUUGGGGAACAAUAAAACUAAUUUUUCCCAAGAUUUAACUAUAUAUAAAGACACAUAAAGAACCUACAAAAGCAGUCAUGGUUUCACAAGAUAUUUACCUUCAACACUUCCUCUUUGAGUGUCAACUCCUCCUUCAUCUCUUCAAAUUCCCACAGCAGGGUGUUGUGAGCCUCUUGCUUUUGCUCAAACUCCUAAAACAUUUUUAAAAAAUCUCCAUAUAACUAACUUUGUGAUGUAAUUAAACCUGUAUCAGACUUUUGUCUUAUUGUUUUUCCUGCAAUGUUGCUUGCCUCACAGCCAAAAAAAAUGCUUCUCAAACAUUGACAUACUAUAGAGAUUUCAGAAAUAAAUCUUGCUUGUUCUUUAUGUCUGAUGGCCCCUCUGCAUCAACUACUUAUCAUGAUUUGGGUCAGGUUUGACAAAGUCAAUAUGUUGGAGCAUCAUCAUUUACAGGAUGCAGGAAUUUCAUUCUUUAUUUUUUGCUCUAUGAUUGUAAAGAGCACUUGUUUGCGGCAACUAACACAAAAAUGUUACCAGAACACUUAUUGAGAAUCAGUGCUGCAAGCCAUCAUGUAUUAAUCCUAAAACA